AUGAUCGGAUGCGGAAGCAUGGGCGGUGGAAUGGCCCUGCUCUUUGCUGAGGACGGUGUCAAUGUCUCGCUUUCAGACCCUUCCGAGCAGGCAAUGGAUGCAGUUAUCGAAAAGGCUGAGCAGCAGGGAUACAACGGAAAGAUCAAAAAGUACAAGGACUAUGAUUCCCUCUGCAAGUCACUUUCCACACCACGCCUACUUGUCUUCUCCCUUCCACAUGGCAGCGUAGGCGACAAGGUCCUCGAGGGGCUGGAGCCACAUCUCUCCCGCGACGACAUAAUACUAGACUGCGGAAACGAACACUUCCAGAACACCGAGCGCCGACAGGAGAAGACAAAGGGUACCGGUAUCCGGUAUAUUGGCUGUGGUGUAAGUGGCGGAUACCAGGCUGCGCGAGCGGGACCUUCCAUGUGUCCUGGUGGCGAUAUCUCUGCGCUCAAGGAAGUCCUUCCACUACUAGAAAAGGUCGCAGCUAAAGACAAGAACGAGAAGCCUUGUGUGGGUGUCAUUGGGAAGGGUGGAGCUGGACAUUACGUGAAGAUGAUGCACAAUGGCAUCGAGCACGGCAUGAUGAGCGCCAUUUGCGAGGCCUGGGGCAUCAUGCGAAAGAUGGGCAUGGACUAUGAGGAGAUUGGCGACGUACUCUCUCAGUGGAACUCGGGAGGCGAGCUGAGAGGCACUUUCCUCAUCUCCAUUGGCGCGGAUUUAUCUCACAAACGCGACUCAAGCGACAAACCCAACCAACCAGGCCAGAAAGAUACCCAACACCAUCCUCUUGUUAUCUCGGAAGUUCUCGACAAGGUCGUUCAGGACGUCACAGGUGAGGAAGGUACUGGCAUCUGGAGCAACACCGAGGCCAUCGAACUUCACGUCCCAGCCUUCACCCUCAACAUCUCCCACGCAUUCCGUCUCGCAUCCGCCUUCCGUGGUGACCGCGAGCAAGCCAAUAAAGCCGCCGACGGAGGCUUCCCUCCCAGCCAGCUGAAUAUCACGGACAAGAAGGCCUUCCUUGAAGAUCUGAGGAAGGCAACAUAUGCAUCAUGUCUCGCCAGUUACAUCCAGGGCAUGAAUGUCAUCGCCAAAGCAGACCAAGAGCACAAGUGGGAGAUUGACUACUCGCAAGUUUGGCAAAUCUGGCGUGCGGGAUGUAUCAUCCAAGCAGACUAUAUCUCCGAUGAGAUUCUCGCGCCGGUCCUCAAAUCCAACCCCAAACCCGAAGACUUGAACCUCAACUUCUCGUCUCGCGUUGCCAAGGACGUAAAGAACUGCUUCCCAGCGCUUCGUCGCGUAGUUGCCAAGGCUGUAGAGACGGAUCAAGUUGUACCUGCCAUAAGCGCUACCCUGGAAUACUUCAAGGUUGCCAGCGGUACCGACCUGCCCACCUCAUUCUACGAAGCAGAGCUCGAUUACUUUGGCAGCCACAUGUUCGACAAGAAAGGUGACAAAGACGCGAAUGUCAAGAAACCAAUGGAGGGCAAGCACCACUUUGAGUGGAAGCCUGCGACGAGCCAGAAGGAACAGUAUGGUAAGAACUACAAGUUGUGA